AUGAAGGGACUCCAGGCAGGCUCUCAAGAAGAGCUGCAAAAACAGCUUCAAGGCUCUAUGGUCCCGGCCUGGCAGCAGCAGGCCGUUCCUGCAGGGAGCCUGGAAGCCUGGGCGAAAUCUACGGGAGCAGCCAACAUCGCGCCGCGUCCAGUUCAGAGUGGGUCAGGGCCUGGAUUCGCGUGGGGUGCCAAUCCCGAGGUGGAUCCGCAUCACGCGGAGGAGGAUGAGGAGGAAAUGGAUGAAAAGAAGUACAAGCGAAUGAUGUCGAAUCGCGCUUCCGCGAAGAGGUCGCGCCAGCGCCGUCAGGUGCGGCUGGAGGAGCUGGAAAUCCAGUCCGCGAAGCUUAAGAUGGAAAACGCCGCAGUGCAGCGGCGGCUGACUGAAGCAACCGACAAGAUUCGUCGCUUCCAGGAGCAGAACUCAAACCUGGAACGCGAGCUUAAGCGGCUGCGAAAAGAGCUGGACGAUUGCAGUGGUGGAAGCAACGCGGGAGCGGCGGGGUCGACUCUUUCGCAAGGCAGCAAGCCGUCGUCUCCGGGAAAAGAGUCUGCUCUGUCGUCCCCGCUCACAGCUGUUACGGACGGGCUGACUGACGAAGUCGCGAAGGGACCAGGAAAGCGGAAGAGAACGGAGGAGAACGGGACAGGUGUUAAUUAUUCUCCAGAUGAUUCUUCGGAUCCGGUCCUCCUUCCAGCCGUUAACGGUGUUGUGAAGGCUGAAUCGCUCUUUCUGAGUAACCAGGGAGAUGUGGGUACGGACGGUGAGGAUGAGUCGGAUUGCCAGCUCUCUGAGUCAACGGCUGCGAUCACACUUACUGAGGGAGCAGCAACUGCGCUGCCCGCGGGUGAUGGCAAGGGAAACCCCAUUGCUCCUGCAGGCGGGUAUCAGGUGAUGGGCCGCGAUAUGGACGUUGCUGAUGGAGAGUUUUUUGCGACCCUGAUUGAUUGCUUUGAUGGAAAGCCCAUGGAGGGCUUCUUUGUGGUCUGGCGGGAAUACGCACCAGACGCAUCACGACCGUCCAGUGAGCUCUUGGGCGGAAAACUGAUUCACGGACUCUCACCGGCAGGGGCGUGGUUGCUGGUGCAGCAACGCAGUGCGACGAAGAAGGCCAUGGGAUCCACACAGAACGGCCGCGACUCGCAGCCCAAGCACCUGGGGGUGAAGAAGUCUGGUGGACAGGUGAGGAGGGCUUGUGGGUUUGCCAUGUGA